AUGGAUUAAUUGUUCACAUCAAGUCUUGUAAUGUGUGCUGAGUAAAUAAAGUCAAUGAAGUGCAUUUCAUGCAGACUUUAAAUGUUUUUGGCUUUCUUUACAGAUUUACCCAGAUCUACACUGAUUGUGACUCCAGUCAGUCCUGUAUUCACUGGAGAGACAGUCAAUCUGAAGUGUGUGAUUGAGACUCACAGUAACUUGGGUUGGGGAAUUGACCAAACACAUGGCUGGAGAUAUGAGUGGUAUAAAGACAGUGUGAUGUUACAGACGUCUGAUGGUUACACUGUAAACAGAGACACUCUCACUAUCAGAGGAGUAAUUACAUCUGAUCAGGGUCAGUACUGGUGUAGAGGACUGAUAAGAUCAGUCUCAUCACAAUCAAGCGUUGCUGUUUUUCUCUCAGUGAAAGAUACGCCUAGGUCUGUAGGCUGUCUGACUCCAGACAGUCCUGUAUUCACUGGAGAGACAGUCAAUCUGACCUGUGUGAUUGAGUCUUACAGUAACUGGAGACAGAGAAAUGGCCUGACAUAUGACAGGAGAAAUGACUGGACAUAUGACUGGAGAUAUGAGUGGUAUAAAGACACAGACCGUGUAAUGUUACAGACGUCUGAUGGUUACACUGUAAACAGAGACACUCUCACUAUCAGAGGAGUAAUUACAUCUGAUCAGGGUCAGUACUGGUGUAGAGGACAGAGAGAUCAGAGACCAAACUCAUCACAGGACAGUAACAGAAUACAUCUGUCUAUUAAUGGUUCAGGUCAGAUUUCUGUCUUCAGCAUCCUCAGUUUUCUUCUGGCAGCUUGUCCGUAUCUGCUGUCGACAGUCGUGCUGCUGUUCAAAUGUUACAGAGCGAGAGUUACAUCUACUGAAGAUCAAAGCCAGUACGCUGUAACAGAGGAACAAACUUCAAUCUGAUUUCAUCCAUUCUUCAAACCGCGUGCAGAGUCUCAGGAUGCUGGAGUCUCAGACUGAAGGAAACUCACAAGACUAACAGACACACAUUCACACUCUCACACAUGCAGACCAUUUAGUGUUUCUAAUUCUCCUGGGGCCUCAUUUAUAUAACUUUACAUAGAUUUCAUCCUAAAUGUGUGUGUGUGUGUAUGCACAAAAGCAAGAUUUAUUAAGUCAUGUGUACGUCAGAACCUUCAAAAGAUUCCCUUUGUAAUUCCCAGUCAGCAGAAGAUUGUACAUAAAUGAAACUCCACCCAGUCUACCCCCCGAAAUAGCCAUAUAUGGAGCUUACAACGCCUAGUUUGUAUAUGCAUAACAUAAUCUGCAUGUCAUUUCCAUUCAUAUUCCAUCCAUGUGACACCAUGUUUAACACAGUAAAGGGUACAACACAAAUAUGAGAUAUGUAUCAUAAAUCCUUUUUGAGACAUCACAUUGCUAUUCAUAUUUAUGCAAUUUUGCCUAUAAACUAAACAUAUAUUUUAGAAUGAUUAUAAACUA